AUGCAAAGCCACCUGGCAGUGGUAAUUGACACGCCCCCUUUCCACCACCUCAUCGCCUUGCUUUUGCCAAAGGAAAAGAUAGGAUCGACACCCCACCGCUUCUUUGGGUUGCUGGAGGACAAUGAUAGGGCCAAAGAUAAGAAUGGUCACACCACCGUCCACCGGGCAGCGGCCAAGAUAAGGCCUACUAAAAAUGCUGACGUCAACUUCCAUCGGCUUUGUUCUCCGGCGCUGAAAAUGCGCAAAGUUGCAGGUGGCGGAGGGAAACAAAAUAUGUUGAACCUACAUCGAUGA